AUGCGGGCAGCGCCCCCCGCAGUGGCCCCGGCCCCCCCAGCAUCCCCGGAGCUGCGCAGCUGGCGGGUGCUGUGCUGCAGCCUGGUGGCCCUGCUGGGAGCCGCUGCACUGGCAGGGGGGACACCGUGCCCAUCUGUGUGCCGCUGCGAUGGGGGUUUCAUCUACUGCAACGACCGGGGGCUCACAGCUGUGCCCGACGAUAUCCCCGAGGGCGCCACCACACUGUACCUCCAGAACAACCGCAUCAGCAAUGCUGGGAUCCCUGUCCAACUCAAGGCCAAGCUGAGUGUCAGGGUCAUCUACCUAUACGAAAAUGACCUGGACGAGUUCCCCGUCAACCUGCCCCGGUCCUUGCGGGAGCUGCAUCUGCAGGACAACAAUGUCCGGGCCAUCGCCCGUGAGUCCCUGGCCCGGCUCCCACUGCUAGAGAAGCUCCACUUGGAUGACAACUCUGUUUCCACCGUAAGCAUUGAGGAGGACGCAUUUGCCGACAGUGCCCGCCUCAAGCUGCUCUUCCUCUCCAGGAACCAUCUCAGCAGCAUCCCUUCAGGCCUGCCCCGGACGCUGGAAGAGCUGCGGUUGGAUGAUAACCGUAUCUCCACUAUCCCCCUCCAUGCCUUCAAGGGGCUCCACAAUCUCCGGCGCCUGGUGUUGGAUGGGAACCUCUUGGCCAACCAGCGCAUCGCUGACGAUACCUUCAGCCGCCUGCAGAACCUGAGUGAGUUGUCCCUGGUGAGGAACUCCCUGGCCGCCCCACCACUCAACCUGCCCAGCUCCCGGCUCCAGAAGCUAUAUCUCCAGGACAACGCCAUCAGCCACGUGCCCUACAACACCCUGGCCAAGAUGCGGGAGCUGGAGAGGUUGGAUCUGUCCAACAACAACCUCACCACCUUGCCCAAAGGGCUCUUCGAUGACCUGGAUAGCCUCAGCCAGCUUCUUCUGAGGAACAACCCAUGGUUUUGCGGCUGUAACUUGAUGUGGCUGAGGGACUGGGUGAAAGCCCGGGCAUCUGUGGUCAACGUGAGGGGGCUGAUGUGUCAGGGACCAGAGAAGGUGCGGGGCAUGGCCAUCAAGGACAUCACCAAUGAGAUGGACGAGUGCUUUGAGGUGGGCGGGCCAGCCAAAACCACAGCAGCUGAUACAGCCGUCACCACGCCCCAAGGCUCCCUCUUCACACUCAAGGCCAAGCGGCCGGGUAUCCGCUUGCCAGACUCCAAUGUGGACUACCCGCUGGCCACAGGGGCUGGCGACAAGGCCCUGGUACUCACCGUCAAGCCAUUGACGGCUGACAGCAUCUGGAUCAGCUGGAAGGCCCUGCUCCCUGCUGCCUCCUUCCGCCUCAGCUGGCUCCGUCUAGGUCACAGCCCAGCAGUGGGGUCCAUCACUGAGACGCUGGUCCAGGGGGACAAGACUGAAUAUCUCCUGACGGCCUUGGAGCCCAAGUCCACCUACAUCAUCUGCAUGGUCACUAUGGAGACUGGUGAGGCCUAUGUGGCCAAUGAGACACCCGUGUGUGCCAAAGCUGAGACAGCUGAUGCCUAUGGCCCCACCACCACACUCAACCGGGAGCAGGGCGCAGACCCCUUGGCCGGACUACCUUUGGCAGGCAUUGUGGGCGGGGCUGUGGCACUGGUCUUCCUCCUCCUCAUCUUGGCAGCUAUCUGCUGGUACGUCCACCGGGCCGGCGAGCUGCUGAGAGGCCACCGGGCCUACAGCCGGGGUAGCCGCAAGAAGGAUGACUAUGUGGAGUCGGGUACCAAGAAGGACAACUCCAUCCUGGAGAUCAGGGGCCCUGGCUUACAAAUGCUGCCCAUCAACCACCACGGGGCCAAGGAGGAGUAUGUCAUUCACACCAUCUUCCCUUCCAACGGCACCAGCCUCUACAAAAGCACCCACACCAUCGGCUACGGCACAACGCGGGGGUACAGAGACGGGGGGAUCCCCGACAUAGAUUACUCCUACACAUGAUAGACAACCUCCUGCCCCUCUUUCCCCUGGCAGUGGAUCCUUCCACCCAGAACUCAUCGUUUUGGCCCCCCGUGACCCACCGGGGGAUGGAGCUGGGGCCGUGGUGGAUGUGAGGGACAACCCAACCUGGAGACUCUUUUGUAGGCCACAAAAAUUUGGCGGGAGGUGGGGGGAAGGGAUUAUCAAACAGACCUUGUUUCUAUUUAAUAUUCCAGGCCGGGAAUCCGGGUGGAACUACGGAGCUCAAACUACCUGUUUCUACUCCCCUUCAUCGCUUCGUUCAGGGGUUAGGUUAAUUAAGCAACGGAAGAGGGUCACAAUCCCACACCCCCUCAAACGUCCUCAGUCACUGGCUCCUCGGCUUCGAGAUGAGAGGAGAUCUAUCUCCAGACAUCUGAGCUGUCCCAUCGCUGGGGGGGAAGAUAUAUAUUUUUAGAGCUGUUUUGUUCCGGCUGCAUCUUCUCCGGGUUGGGGAAAAGACACCGGUUCUUCAUGGUUUUCCCCAAAGGGAGUUUUUCUCAAGCUCUUGGGUUCUUCUUGGACCUAUCACCAGAUCUCAUCCCUACAUCCCUCCUGAGUGAAAAAAUAUAGCUGUCUCCAGAUGUCUCCAUCAUUCCCGCUCAUGGUUUGCUGGUGGGGAUGAUCCAAAGGUGAUGGUCUGGGGUAUGUGUGUGCCUGUGUCUUCAGGUCCUUGUUGCACUGGGUCCAUGGAGGUAGGUGUAGAGCUCCAUGGGCACAACAGCUUUGGGGAGACCCAGGGAAGCAUCAGGACAUCCAGGGGGCGGGGAAUGAAAAAUCUAUCUUCUAUCCUCCUGAGGGUGGGACAGGGGGCUGUGCAGGGAGGGGGGGGAGGGGUGACCCAGGGUGGUCCCUAGUGGAACCAGGACCUGGGUUGUCACCCAGAGAUUUUAGAGUCCUGAUGAGUCCCAGCAGCUCCCGGGGGAGGAUUUCCUAGGCUUGGGUUUAAGGUGGGGGCAUGAUGGGAUUUGGGAGGGGGUGGGGCACUGCUGGGUGUGGGCAGGGCCUGAACAUGAGACCAAGGGGAAGCUCUGGGAAGCAAGGGGAGAAAACCCAGUAGUCUGGGCUCCCAGUUCCAUGCCCCUUCCCAGAGAGGGAAGAGAAGCCAGGGGUCUGGGCUCCUGGCCUCUCUUGAUAAAAAACACCUGCCCCUGCUCCCUUCCCAGAGAACCCAGGCAUCCUGGCUCCCAGCUCCCCACCCCGCUCUUCUAUGCUACCAGAUUGUGCUUGUCAGCUAAAGGCAGGGUAGGAACCCACAGGCGUCCUGCCCACAGACACCCCCCCAAGUUCUUUAGGGCCUCCAGCUCACACACCCAAGGGCAGGGCUCUGCCUGCGCCCACAAGGCACCAGAUGGACCCAGGAUCCCAUCACCAAGUGGGGCAGAGGGCAGGGCUGAGCCUGGCCAAGGGGGCAGGAGGGGCUGGCACCAGCUGGGGUGUGAAAAGUCACUUGCCUAUGCUCUCCUGCACACACACAUACCCCAGGCAUUCAGGACACACACAAACACACGGAACCCAGGUGUCUCUCUCACUCACACACACACACACACACACUCACUCACAAUCAUACACCAGUGUCUGGGACACAUAUACACAUAGUGUGACACAGGGCAGCUGUCUCCUUCUCUCUCUCUAUCACACACACACACACACACACACUGACAGCUGCUUCUUCACACCACACCUCCCUUCCACACACAGAAGUGAGACUCUCUUAGAGACAUACAGUAAGACUCCCUUAGGCAAACAUAGUCUCUCUCAUUCACACACACACACUCAUAAAACCCAGGCAUUCAGGACACGGACACACACACACACACACACACACACACACACACACACACACAGAGCACAACACAAAGCAGCAGUCUCCUGUCCAGGCAGCUGCAUGGAUCCCCCCACCAUCUGCACAACACACACACACACCUGGCUACAGAGCGCAAGUGCCUCAAAGGCCUGCAAUACCAUAUUUGUCAUAUACAACAUGCCCCCGCCACCUUUGACUCAGUUGCUGGAAAUCAGAUUGUGUGCUUGUGUUAUACAUAACUGAGAAAAUAUGGUAACAGCAGUCUCUGGGCAGGGGGUAGGGAGCAAAAUUAAAACUGCUCAUGGGCCUUGAAGGCCUCCAUAGCUGCUGG